AUGGCGGCCCCGCGCCCCGAAACCCUCCACGCCUCCUUCCUCUGCUCCCUCGCCAUCGCCCUCCUCCGCGCCGGCCGCCUCUCCGCCGCCUCCCACCUCCUCUCCUCCCUCCCCGCCGCCCCCGCACCCCUCCUCCGCCGCCUCAUCCCUGCCCUCGCCUCCUCCGGCCUCGCCGCCGCCGCCGUCCGCUUCCGCCCCGUCACGGGCGACCCCAUCUCCCUCAACGCCGUAAUCUCCUCCUACUGCCGCCUCCGCCUGCUCCGCCCCGCCGUCGCGCUCCUCCGCUCCCACCGCCCGACCACCGUCGGCUACAACAUCCUGCUCGCCGGCCUCUCUCGCCAUGGCUAUGGGGGCCUCGCGGUGCUCGCUGAAAUGUGCAAGCGCGGGGUGCCCUUCGAUCGGGUCACCGUCAACACGCUGCUCGCGGGCCUCUGCAGGAAUGGCCAGGUCGACGCGGCCGCGGGUCUGGCCGACAUGCUGUUGCUCAGAGGCAGAGGGAUCCCUGCCUUGGAUGUCAUCGGCUGGAACACUCUCAUUGCUGGAUAUUCUAGGGUUGGGGACAUGCCCAUGGCGUUGGGCGUGUCCCAAGGGAUGAUGAAACAAGGGUUGCCAAUGGAUGUGGUGGGCUACAAUACCUUGGUUGCUGGGUUCUGCCGCAAUGGUGAGGUUGAUGCUGCACGGGGCAUGCUGGACACAAUGAAGGAGGCAGGGGUGGAUCCCAAUGCGGCAACCUACACGCCCUUCAUUGUGGAGUACUGUAGGACGAUAGGGGUCGAGGAUGCGUUCGAUUUGUAUGAGGGAAUGGUGAGGACAGGAGUGCUGCCGGAUGUGGUCACGCUGACCGCUCUUGUUGCUGGCCUUUGUAGGGUCGGCCGCUUCUCGGAAGCAUAUGCUCUUUUCAGGGAGAUGGACAAGGUCGGGGCAACGCCAAACCAUGUCACCUACUGUACGCUUAUUGACUCGCUGGCAAAAGCCGGGAGGGGCAAUGAGUCGCUCAGUCUGUUGGGGGAGAUGGUUUCUAGAGGAGUGGUCAUGGAUUUGGUCACCUAUACUGCUUUGAUGGACUGGCUGGGUAAACAAGGCAAGAUUGGUGAAGUGAAGGACAAGUUUCAUUUUGCCCUUUCAGAUAAUAUUUAUCCCAAUGGUGUUACGUACACCGUAUUGAUCGAUGCUCUCUGCAAAGCUGGCAGCAUUGAUGAGGCAGAGCAGGUGUUGCUUGAAAUGGAGGAGAAAUCGAUCAGUCCAAAUGUUGUUACAUUCUCAUCAAUCAUCAAUGGCUAUGUUAAAAUAGGAUCGGUUGACAAAGCAAAUGAGUUCAAGAGGAUGAUGAAGGAAAGGGGCAUCAAUCCAAAUGUGGUGACCUACGGAACACUGAUCGAUGGUUUCUUCAAGUUCCAAGGGCAAGAGGAAGCUCUUAAGGUGUACCAUGAAAUGCUGUUUGAGGGUGUCAAGGUAAAUAAAUUUGUUGUUGAUUCUAUGGUGAAUGGUUUGAGGCAGAAUGGAAAAAUAGAGGAAGCUGUGGCAUUGUUUAAAGAUAUGUGUGAGAGUGGCCUGUCACUAGAUCAUGUGAACUAUACCACUUUGAUUGACGGGCUUUUUAAAGCAGGCAACAUGCCUGCUGCUUUUAAGUUUGGUCAGGAAUUAAUGGACAGGAACAUGUUUCCUGAUGCUGUUGUUUAUAAUAUGUUUAUCAAUUGCCUUUGCAUGCUUGGGAAAUCUAAGGAAGCAAAAUCCUUCUUGACAGAGAUGAGAAAUAUGGGCUUGAAACCUGAUCAAUGUACAUAUAACACUAUGAUUGCUUCACAUUGCAGGAAAGGAGAGACCGGUAAAGCUCUAAAACUCUUUCAUGAAAUGAAGAGGAUUUCCAUAAAACCUAACCUCAUCACAUACAAUACACUGGUUGUGGGUCUCUUUGAGACUGGGGCAGUGGAGAAGGCAAAGUCUUUGCUAAAUGAGAUGGUCUCUGCUGGCUUCUGUCCAUCCUCUCUGACUCAUCGACGGGUUUUGCAAGCAUGUUCUCGAAGCAGGAGGUUGGAUGUGAUUCUGGAUAUUCAUGAAUGGAUGAUGAAUGCCGGUCUUCAUGCUGAUAUCAUCGUAUACAAUACUCUUGUUCAUGUUCUGUGUUACCAUGGAAUGACAAGAAAAGCCACAGCUGUUCUGGAAGAAAUGUUGGGGAGUGGAAUUGUCCCAGACACGAUCACAUACAAUGCUCUUAUUCUUGGUCAUUGCAAGAGCAGCCAUCUAGAUAAUGCAUUUGCUACAUAUGCUCAGAUGCUUCACCAAAAGAUUUCACCAAAUAUGGCUACUUUCAACACGCUUCUGGGUGGUCUUGAGUCUGUUGGAAGGAUCAGAGAAGCAGGCACCGUGCUCAUUGAGAUGGAGAAGAGUGGGUUUCAACCUGAUAAUCUCACUUAUGACAUACUGGUUACAGGAUCUGGAAAACAAAGCAACAAAGUCGAUGCAAUGAGAUUGUAUUGUGAAAUGGUGGGCAGGGGCUUUGUUCCUAAAGUAAGCACAUAUAAUGCACUUAUAAGUGACUUCACUAAAGCAGGAAUGAUGACUCAAGCUAAAGAGCUGUUCAAGGAUAUGCAAAAGAGAGGUGUUCAUCCUACAUCCUGCACUUAUGAUAUUCUUGUAAGUGGAUGGUCAAGGCUUAGAAAUGGAACUGAGGUGAAAAAUAUUCUCAAAGAUAUGAAAGAGAAAGGAUUCAGUCCAUCUAAAGGCACUCUUAAUUUUAUAUGCAGAGCAUUCUCAAAACCAGGAAUGACAUGGCAGGCUCAACGUUUACUUAAAAACCUUUACAGGGUUUAGAAUGUGAAGUUUUGAUCUCUUAUCUGGCAGUAAUAAGUGGUUUGAUUGAGAGGGUUUUUAUAUUGUCUGGGUGAUCAGUUUUGCUGAUUGGCUGAUUCUAUUGUAACACAUGUUAUACUGCAUAUAUUCCUGCACAGUUGCACCCACAAUCUAGAUGGAGAAAAAGAUGUUCCGGUUGGAAAAGAAAAUACUGUGCUCUUUGAAAUAUCAGUUCUAAAUUGGAUAGACUAAUCACUCUAUCAAUAAUGGUUACUGCAGAGUUGAUUUGAAACCCUGUGCCUCGCUGGAUCAUAUUUGGUGAUAGAGGAAGGUGGUUCACGAACCUGCAGUUGAGGCCUUUGUAUACUGUGUGGCAACAGCCCUGACUACAGGUUAUCGGUGGGAGUGUAGGUGGAGUCCUGGCAACAACUGUUUUUUGAAGUACAAGGUCAUUAUACCGUUGAUACUUUUCCCAGGCCACUGCAGAGGCAAUUAGAUAUUAGAGAUGGUGAUCAGCAUGUACUGCUGCAAAUUCAUCUUUAUGCAGUAGUUAACUUCAUGGAUAUUGCCUUUGUCUAUCAGGCUAUUAUACAAAGCAUUUACCAAGCCAAAAAAAAGGUGUCAAUUAAGCAGAAGGAUGCUUGUAAAGGAGUGGGGGUGGUGGUGACGAGGCCGGUAUGAGGCCACAAGUGAAGUCAAGUGAAGUGAUGGCUAGCCUAGUGCACAAGAUGGACUCCACUGAUUCACACUGACACUUCACAUGCACACAAUACAGGGACCAAGCAGGUCAGC